GUUCGAAUCCUGUUAAAAAAAAAAAAAAAAAAAACUCAAUCAACCGCCGAACUCGAGUCGCCGCACCGCCAUGUAUCGGAGUCGGUCGGCGCGAUCCCCGAACCCCCGUGAACCGGACACUCGACUCGCUGAGUCCGAUAAAAUUGAAGGUGCCGGUGGUUGGGACGCCCUUGAAUGGACUAAAAUCGAUCCUGUUUCGAGGUCGGUUCCAAUCGGAGUGAAACAAUUCUUGCUGGAGGAUGAGCAUGUUGUAGUAGAGGGUUAUGGGGUAGUUCUUGUCAACACCGAUGAUGCUGGAACCUUAUUUGUGACUAAUUUUCGCCUCCUUUUCUUGAGUGAAGGGUCUAGAGAUAUCAUUGCACUUGGCACAGUACCAUUGGCGACCAUUGAGAAGGUCCAGAAAAUUGUUAUGAAGCUUCCAUCAGGUCAGCGUCAGCCUGAAAAGACUGGUUCACAGCGGUUGCUUCAGAUCAUUGGCAAAGAUAUGAGAAUCAUUGUCUUUGGUUUUCGUCCUCGAACCAAGCAGAGGCGUGCUGUCUAUGAUGCAUUAUUACGGUGUGCAAGGCCUGCAAGGUUAUGGGAUCUCUAUGCAUUUGCUGGUGGCCAUUCCAGGUUUAGUAACACGAAUCCCAAAGUAAGGCUGUUGAAUGAGUACUGCCGACUUCUUGGAAUGGGGUUCUGUCAAGCUUCUAUCCGUGCUAUUGAAGACGGGUCAUUCACACUCUCAAAUGAGUAUUGGAGAAUAAGCAGUGUUAACUCUAAUUACACAAUGUCUCCAACUUAUCCAUUUGCUUUACUCUUGCCAAAGUCCAUAAGUGAUGACAAAGUGCUGCAGGCUUGUACAUUCCGUGCACGGUGUAGGCUGCCAGCCAUAACAUGGUGUGACAGAGGAACUGGGGCUGUUCUUGCACGUUCUUCUCAACCGCUAGUUGGCCUCAUGAUGAAUAUGAGAAGCAAUGCAGAUGAGAAUCUAGUUGCUGCACUGUGUACUCAAAUUGCUGGAGAGAAACGAAGGAAGCUAUAUAUUGCUGAUGCAAGGCCCAGGAAAAAUGCUUUAGCAAAUGGGGCAAUGGGAGGUGGAUCAGAGUCAUCUGCAAACUAUUUUCAGUCUGAGAUUGUUUUCUUUGGCAUCGAUAAUAUACAUGCAAUGAGGGAGAGUCUUGGUCGGCUUAGAGACUAUUUAGAUACUCAUGGUACUACUUCAUCAGAUGGAAUGUCAUCUUUUCUGUGGNAUGGUGGAUGGAGUUGGGGCGGAGGCAAUCUCAGCAGUAUGUCUGCUUCAGUUUCUACACUGGGCGACACUGGGUGGUUAAUACAUGUUCAAACUGUCCUGGCUGGUUCUGCUUGGAUUGCUGCACGUGUUGCACUAGAAUCAGCUUCAGUUCUUGUUCAUUGCAGCGAUGGAUGGGAUCGAACUACGCAAUUGGUCUCACUUGCCAGCUUGCUACUUGACCCAUACUAUCGUACAAUUAAAGGAUUUCAGGCACUUGUAGAGAAAGAUUGGCUUGCAUUUGGUCAUCCAUUUUCAGAUCGUCUGGGAAUGCCCACUAUAUCUGGAAGUGGCAACAUGCCGUUUGAAUUAUCUCGUCAGGCUUCGACUGGGAGUUUACCUUCAUCACCCAUGCGGCAAGUAUCAGGGUCAUCCUCAUCUCAAGCUCAAAAUACAUCUCAUGCACAGAACCAAAAUUCCCCCAUUUUCUUGCAGUGGGUUGAUUGUGUUUCACAGUUGUUAAGGAUGUACCCUUUUGCCUUCGAGUUCUCUUCGGCUUUCCUGGUGGAUCUUCUGGAUUGCAUGCUUUCUUGCCGUUUCGGAAACUUUUUGUGCAACAGCGAGAAGGAAAGAGAGCAAGCUGGUAUUUCUGAUGCUUGUGGAUGCCUGUGGAUGUAUUUAGCUGAAGUACGGGCAUCGGAAGGAAGCUCUCAUGCGCAUUACAACCUGUUCUAUGACCCGUUGAAACAUGAUGGUCCGCUACUACCACCAGCAGCAGCUUUAGCUCCAACUGUUUGGCCUCAGUUUCACCUUCGUUGGGCUUGCCCAUCAGAGGCACAAGGUGGAGAAGUUGAGGCAGAAUGCAGGAAGUUGACGAGAAAAUUCUCUGAGCUGCAAAGGGCAAAAGAAGCAGCAGAAACAAGACUGAACGAAAUAAGUGUCACAGUGGAGUCCUUAGUUACAGAAUUGAGAAAUGAGAAACUUGUGAGCACCUCUGCCAGGGAUGCGGUAAAAAGAGCCAGCAAAGAAACUGCUACUAUAAAGCGUGCAGUACAAUCUUUGGGUUUUAAUGUCUACUUUUCACCAGACGGAGACUGUAAUGUAUGCAUUGAAAGCAACCCAACAGAAAUUCCUCAGCGUUCUGUCUGCUCAGUUUCUACAACAAAUUCGAAUGGUUCAGUACAUGGCAGUGAGAAAUCAGACCUCUCUGAACCUGUUACAGUGAUGCAAGAUGAUGUUUCCGACAAUCCUCUCAUCCAAGUUUGUGAAUCGUUGUGCCCUAUGCACAGUAGAGACAGUGGGUGCAGGUGGCCAAAUCCUGGUUGUGCCAAGUUUCGGAGCCAAUUUGUUGGUUUGAAGGCCAACUUUGAUGCAUUUGAUCGCCUUCCGAUAUACGAUAAUUAUUUCGGAACUUAAAAAGACGGUUGAACCAAGCCUAUGUUUCUUGCGUCAAACUUCAUUUAUCUGGUCAGAUAUCUAUGUACAGUCAGAAAUUGAAUGGAGGCAGUAGGUUCAAUUGUAUCUUGGCAAAAAUUACGACAAACAAAUUAGACAAGCAGCAACAGGCACAGCUUAAACCUGGUGGCUGUUAGAUGAGAUGGUCUCAGAACUGUACAUAGGAACUGAUAGAGUUUUCAUGUGGACCAUCUGAUAGUUUUGACAUUGCGGAGGAUCUCACGUGAAGAUGAUUAGAACUGAUAUUGUAUGCUUAGGAGUUAGGACUGAUAUUAUAGGAUUUUGGUCACUGCAAUUUCCUCAUUCGAGUGUACAUUACAACUUAGGCAUUCCUCUUUCUAAGUUUCUGUAGGGAUUCUUUCUGCAUUCUUGUAAAUAAGGACAAAUAAUGAUGAGUUCUGAAUAAAAUGGUUCCAGCGGACUU